UUAUAAUUUUUUUUACACUUUUUUUCAGUUAUUUCAUGGAAUGCAGACUUUGAGAGGUGGUGUUGAUCUUUCUCAUUUUUCAAAUCUCACAGUCCUAGAAUUAAGAAAAAUUCCUGCUCAUUUGAUAAUUGGCCUUGAAAGUCUUUCUGUUCAACUGAAAGUCCUUAUUUGUACCAGAAGUAUAUAUUUACUUAAGGAAAUUUUUGGAAGUUCAGUUGAUGAAAACAAUACCAGAAGUGUAUGGACUGAGUUAAAGGAGCUGAAUCUUUCUUAUAAUUAUUUAGAAAACUUAGAUAAAUCACUCGAAAGUCUGCCAAAUAUUGAAAUUCUAGACUUGAGCCAUAAUCAUUUAAGGAGUACAGAAGAAAUUCGUGUAAGUGUAUAAAAGUCAGUUUUCAUG